UUCAUUUCCGGGAUAAACAAGGACAUGUGUGUUGAAUAACUCUCCUCGUUAAUGUGGUUUAUCCUUGAACUCCGUUGGGCCAGUCACUGCUUUUGAAAAGCACGACGCCGUGAGGGAGGGUCAGUUAGCGUCGGACCACUUCCUUCAUGGCGGUCUCGGCUCACGCCUCCAAAGUCCGGUCUCUGUACAAGAGGAUUCUGGUCCUGCAUCGGUUCCUGCCGAUAGACCUGAGAGCCCUCGGGGACCAGUACGUGAAAGACGAGUUCCGAAGACACAAAGGUGCUGCACCCGAAGAGGCGACGGGCUUCAUGACGGAGUGGAAGGACUACAAGGACACCCUGCAGACUCAGGUCCUGGAGUCAGCAGAAGAACAAACCGGCUCCGUCAAGUUCGGGGCCAACCUGUCGGAGGGGAAACUCGGCAGCUUCCAGCACGACCAGAUAGGCCAACUGUACGAACUCAUGCUGGAGUCCACCAAAUCCACCAGACAGUUUGACAUCCAGGAGGACAGCAAGUGAAGCAGCAGGCCACAGAAACAAUGGAUUCAGAUCAUUAAUGGAUUCACUUUUUGAAUGCUUGAGAUGAGAAGUGGUACUCAAAGGCUGAGUAGAGGCCUUUAUAUUAAAAGUGCUGUGCACCUCUGGUUG